CCCGCACAAGGCACUGACCCCUCCACUGGGAUGGGAGUGGUUCACUGCGCUGUGUUGUUACUGCACGGGAUCCUCAGCUCAGUCCACGGUGAAUUUGCCGUGUUUGUACCGGGCGAUGGUUUUGUAGCCACUGUAGGUUCAGAUGUGGUGUUGGAAUGUCAGCUUGUCCCAAACAUAUUGGCCAGCAACAUGGUUGUGCAGUGGAUGAAGUCAGGUCUCAUCUCGCCAGUCCUCGUGUACAGACACGGACAAAGUGACACCCUCGCUCAACACCAGGAUUACAGAGCAAGGGCCGAACUGUUUAAAGAUGAAGUGGCCAAAGGGAACAUUUCCCUCAGAAUAAAGAACGUAAGGAGGUUUGAUGAAGGGAAAUAUACAUGUUCAGUUAUAGAGGGAACCAAGUAUGAAGCAUCUCCAGCUCAACUGCGAGUUCGAGCUUUGGGGAGUUUGAUCCGGAUUCAGUUGCAGGGAUACCAGGGAGAUGGAAUCCAGCUCGUGUGCAAGUCCGGUGGAUGGUAUCCAGGACCAAAGAUGCUGUGGAUCGGCGAGGAUGGACAGGUUAUACCACAAGCUGAAACAAGAUUCCAUGAAGAUACGGAGGGUCUGUUCAAUGUGGAGAGCAACGUGACAGUAACGAGGCAAUCAACAAACAAGUUCAAGUGUGUUGUUCAAUACAGAUGGUUAAACAUACGACGUGAGGCAAUUGUUAAAAUAUCAGAUGAUAUCUUCCCUGGAGUUCUUGACUGGGUCGUGCCGCUGGUCCUCACCAUUUGUCUUCUCGUUGCUGCACAUGGUGCUGUGUUCUAUUGGAACGUGAAACAAAACAGACGCAUUAAAGAGCUGGAACGGCGCAAAUCCAUCGUAGAACUUGAGUGGAAAAGGAUACGUAGCCACCAAGUCUCCGUCACCCUGGAUGUGGAAACAGCGCAUCCGAAGCUCGAGGUGUCUGAGGAUCGUAAGAGGGUGAGACGGGAACGGACCGAGAACAAGAAGAAUCUCCCUGACACCGGGAAA